UACAGCCUAGACGCAACACAGUGGAGCCUGCUAAUCGCAUUAUCGAUUGCCAUCGCUGAAGUAAUCGUUGCCACGGCACUCACUAAUCCGAGCAUUCAAGUCCAUUCUAUCGUUAACCAAUCCACGUUUCUCACGCUGAGUUUAAACAUCCUUGCUCUUGACGUGGGUUCGUGGCUCUCUAUGCGCGCACAUUUUCGCGUGAGUUCCGUUGUCAAAGGCGAGGUGCUCCGUCCAGGACUGUAUACAAUGGCAGAAGAUGUUAUUGCGGUGGAUGCCUGCUGUGGAACGCAGUUUCGAGGACGGCUUAAUGAGCGACGGAAGGCAAGUCCGUGUUUUCGAUCGCUCUUUCAGAAAUUGAGCUUCUUAUGGACUCUUUCAGGGGCGGUUGUUAACGGAGCGUGUCUUGUGAUUAGCAUUGUUGCUAUUGCUAUCAUGGAUGGUAGAGGUGAUGUUGGGUUUGUCAUAGGAUUCACUAUCCCGUAUAUUUGGAUACUUGUCUUGAUUCCUGUGAGCGUACCUAUGACCCGUCGGAAUCUUCGGAAAGAAAAGGUUCAGUUGUCAGUAGGAUUUACCACGAGGCAAGAGGAGUGGUGUUAG